UUUGUUUAUUGUCUCACUAUGUAGUCUGGCCUAGAACUCAUGACCUUGUUAUGUUAUUGAGGUUAUAGGCAUGUACCACUUUGCCUGGUUGAAGUAUCUUUGGAUGAAAAGAACUUUCCAAUUUCAAUAAAAAUGAACGUACUGAUGUGAUAGUUACAUGACUAUAAAAAUGAUUCUACUUCAAGCACAUUAAGAACUUGAAAUGCCACCAAAGAGAAAGAGAACCCUUUUCUUGUAUGCACAAAGAAAAUAUUUCUUCAUCCAGUUGGGAGUAGAAGAAUGUUUUCACUUUUUUAUUGCAGACUUUUUCAGGCUGGUCGUUGAAUGCUCAGACUUUACCAUGUUGUGCAAUCCAGUGUUCCACACUGCAGAAAGUAUCUGCAAAGCUCUGCCCAGUCCAGCGGUGCCCGAAGGCACGCAUGUGAUAUUAAUGAAGUGUUACUCUGCUCUGACAACUUUGCAGUGGGCUCUCUUCCAAGCCAUGUGACGUCAUUCGAAGUAGGAAAAGACUUGCCUGCUUGCAUUUGCUUAAUUGACGGUGAUGGGCUCCUCUGCCCUUGUUCAGUAGUUCUGGGACACACAGAGCUGUUGUAAUCUGCAGGCCUUUAGAAAGUCAUAAAGUCAUACUGACUUUAAAAGACUACACCCCGCAAGCCAGCAAGGAAAACAGGAGCUAUUGAUAGGCUAUUGAGCAAAGCAGGAGUUGGCUGGGCUGCCUGCAGCUAGUCCCCAGCUCUUGUUCCUGUAGAUUUCUUCCUGCUGGAGUGAACUUGGAACUGUUUGGCAUGCUUGACAGACGCCUCCUGUCUCCUCAGACUAAAUGCAGGAUUCCUGGGGGUUCGGCAGACUCCUACACCAGCCGUCCAUCGGAUUCAGAUGUGUCUCUGGAGGAGGACCGGGAGGCAGUGCGCAGAGAGGCUGAGCGGCAGGCCCAGGCUCAGCUGGAAAAGGCAAAGACAAAACCAGUUGCAUUUGCAGUUCGGACGAAUGUCAGCUAUAGUGCAGCCCACGAAGAUGAUGUCCCAGUGCCAGGCAUGGCCAUCUCAUUUGAGGCGAAAGAUUUUCUGCAUGUUAAGGAAAAAUUUAAUAAUGACUGGUGGAUAGGGCGAUUGGUUAAAGAAGGCUGUGAAAUUGGAUUCAUUCCAAGCCCCGUCAAACUAGAAAACAUGAGGCUACAGCAUGAACAGAGAGCCAAGCAAGGGAAAUUCUACUCCAGUAAAUCAGGCGGAAAUUCAUCAUCCAGUUUGGGUGACAUAGUACCUAGUUCCAGAAAAUCUACACCUCCAUCAUCUGCUAUAGACAUAGAUGCUACUGGCUUAGAUGCAGAAGAAAAUGAUAUUCCAGCAAACCACCGCUCCCCUAAACCCAGUGCAAACAGUGUAACGUCACCCCACUCCAAAGAGAAAAGAAUGCCCUUCUUUAAGAAGACAGAGCACACUCCUCCUUAUGAUGUAGUACCUUCCAUGCGGCCAGUGGUUCUGGUGGGCCCUUCUCUGAAGGGCUAUGAGGUCACAGAUAUGAUGCAGAAAGCAUUGUUUGAUUUUCUAAAACACAGAUUUGAAGGGCGGAUAUCUAUCACAAGGGUCACUGCUGACAUCUCCCUUGCCAAACGAUCAGUCUUAAACAAUCCCAGUAAGCAUGCGAUAAUAGAGAGAUCCAAUACAAGGUCAAGCUUGGCUGAAGUUCAGAGUGAAAUUGAGAGGAUUUUUGAGCUUGCGAGAACACUGCAACUAGUUGUCCUCGAUGCAGACACUAUUAAUCAUCCAGCACAACUCAGUAAAACCUCUUUGGCCCCUAUUAUUGUGUAUGUGAAGAUUUCUUCUCCUAAGGUCUUGCAAAGAUUAAUAAAAUCUCGAGGGAAAUCUCAAGCUAAACACCUGAAUGUCCAGAUGGUGGCAGCUGAUAAACUGGCUCAAUGUCCUCCACAGGAGUCAUUUGAUGUGAUCUUGGAUGAGAACCAGCUUGAGGAUGCUUGUGAGCACCUUGCAGACUAUCUAGAGGCCUACUGGAAGGCCACCCACCCUCCCAGCUGCAGCCUCCCCAACCCUCUCCUUAGCCGUACUUUAGCCACUUCAACUCUGCCUAUUAGCCCCACCAGAGCCUCUAAUUCACAGGGUUCUCAAGGUGAUCAGAGGAUGGAUCGUUCUGCUCCUACACGUUCUACUUCACAAGCUGAAGAAGAACCUUGCCUGGAACCGGUCAAGAAAUCCCAGCACCGUUCUUCCUCAGCCCCACAUCAUAGUCAUCGCAGUGGAACAAGUCGAGGCCUCUCCAGGCAGGAGACAUUUGACUCUGAAACACAGGAGAGUAGAGACUCUGCCUAUGUGGAGCCAAGGGAAGAUUAUUCCCAUGAACAUGUGGACCACUAUGCUUCACACCGUGACCAUAAUAACCACAAGGAUGAGACCCAUGGCAGCAGUGACCACAGACACAGGGAGCCUCGGCAUCGUUCAAGGGAUGUGGAUCGAGAACAGGACCACAAUGAGUGCAACAAACAACGGAGCCGUCAUAAAUCCAAGGAUCGCUACUAUGACAGGGAUGGAGAUGUAGUAUCCAAAAAGCGGAACGAUGCUGGGGAGUGGAAUAGGGAUGUUUACAUCCGCCAAUGACUUUUUGCCCUUUGUGGUUCUUUUGCUCCUCCCCAAGUCUUGUAUAACAGCAGCCUCAAAAAUCUGUGGGGCUUACAUUACAAUCAUAUAUGAUCUGUCUUGUAUAUUUUCUAUUGCUGUUGCUUAAACGGCAAUAGCAUGAAAUAGAGUAUUAAUAUACAUUCUUUUCUUUUGUAAGUGCUAUACAAAUUGGCUUGGUACAGCUGCAGUUCCUGUGGUCUUGGAUAGCUGCCAACCAGAUGGUGUUAGUGAUAUUAAGAAAUGUAGCCAGACAAAAGUGGAAAUUUCUUGUUUUAUCACAUUUUAAUACCCAGAAACCUGAUUGGCUUAUCCAUUCAUUCACUGACCACUGUUUCUUGCUUGUACCUCUGGCUGACUAAAUUUGGGGACAGAUUCAGUCUUGCCUUACACAAAGGGGAUCAUAAAGUUAGAAUCUAUUUUCUAUGUACUAGUACUGUGUACUGUAUAGACAGUUUGUAAAUGUUAUUUCUGCAAACACCUUAUUAUAUAUUAAUUAUAUAAUAUAUAUAUCAGUUUGAUCACACUAUUUUAGAGUCUUAAUGCCAAGUCAGCAGAUUUGCUUUAUGAAUUACAGGGACAAGAAAUGUCCACAUUCAGGAAAUUUGUAUUAACAUUGUCUAAACAUCUACUUACCCCAUUCUGAUGUGUGUACAUACUGUAAAUAUGUGUGAUUGCUUGACUUAAACAGGUUUAAUUUCAAAUGUUAUCCCUAUAAGUUUAUAAUUUUAACCAUAAAUUAUGGUAAAUAUAACCAAACUCCAGAGGUUGUUCUACUUCAUAGAGUUCACACUGAUUGUGACAAACACAUUCUUAGUAGCGUCUGUUAUAGUCACUGCACUGGAGUAUACGAGCCGGAACCCGCUGUGUGCACGUACGUGUGUGUCUGGAUACGAGUGUGCGUGACUGAAGUGAAGUAGAAUGCUGAAGAAGAAACUAGUGACUGAUGUCUGGAAUUCUGCCCACCUAUCUUUGUAUUGUGCUUUAUGUGGCUUUAAUAAUUCUUUCAGAGCCCAGGACUGUGAGGGAAGCUUGCUGCCAAAGGUAACUAGGAAAAACAUUCAUCUGCUGGCUCCUUGUGUUUGCUCAUAGAGGGUAAAAAAUGCAGGUAUCUUGUACUGUGAGUGUUUCACUGGAAAUGUACAAUCUUUGUGUGUUAGAGUAUCUGUUUUAGUAAGAACUGUUUACACAGCUUGUGGAAUUAUUUCAUAGGAAAAUAAAUUUUUAUAACUUCUCCCAUUUCAUCUUCUAACCUUGCCUAUUGUUCCUGUUGUUUAUCUCCCAGUCACCUCCUGUUCCAUCCCACCACCAAUGUGAACAAUUUUCCUGUCUGUCAGAACCCAUAAGUGCUUCUUAUAACCAAAGUUUCUGCUUUUCAGAAGUUAUCAGGGCAAAAAGGGAUGACUUGAAGUAAAUGUUAAGAACACUUUCCUGAGACAUCUAUAAAGGAGAACCUAAAAGACACUAUCUCCAUGUUUUGAUUACACUGCUGGAAGCUUGCAAUUUUGCUGUACUAAGAUUAAUUUUCUAAGUGUCCAGUUAUGACUGGAUAGGUAAGACAGUAUUUAGUGUGCAUGUCCCAGAAAAUACCUAACUUCAGAUCUAUGUACUAAAUAUCAGCAGUUACAAUAACCUGUCUUUGGUUUUGCUUCCCCAUUAUGCUGGGUUCUUGCCAAAUAUGCUUGGAAAUUUAUAACUAAAACUGUUGUUCAAGAAAUCUGAAGUUUUUAAAAUGAGUAAUUUAAUCAACCUGUUAAUUAGCUCUAUACUACUUCUAAAAAUUUACAGGAGCUGUACCCCAGUGGCUCACGCCUGUAAUCCUAGCUACUCAGAAGGCUGAGAUCUGAGGAUCGUGGUUCAAAGCAAGCCUGGGUAGCAAAGUCUGUGAGACUGUUAUCUCCAAUUAACCACCAGAAAACCA